UAUUUCAUCAUAACUUGUAACAGGAUCGCAACAACAAGAUUUGGUGACAUAACAGUGACCGUGGAAGCCUGAGCCUAGCUUAGCGGUUGAGAGAUCAGUCGAUAUAAGAUCGGCCAUAUCCGUUCUUUCGAUGAUUCAACGGAAAAGUUCGUUUUAAGACAUCGUCGUACUAUAAUGGCGACAAGAUAGGAAUCAAAGAUGGCGGAGGCAAACGGUGAAAGUUCGAUGGAGGUGCUAGAAGGCUGUAGAAUGCCGGUAAAAAUGAGUGGUUCUGACGAAUGGCCUUUAGCUGAAAUACUAAGCAAGAGAGAAAUGCCAAAUGGUUCCACUCACUAUUAUGUGCAUUAUAUCGACUUCAAUAAAAGGCUUGAUGAAUGGGUUGAAGAAGAGAGACUGGAUCUGAACAGGCUUCAAAUGCCAAAGAAAGAGGACACCAAGAAGAUUAAUAAAGGAGCUGGUUCCAGGCCUUGUUCACCUGACAGGGAACUGGUGAAUGGUGUGGGGUCUGGCCGACCUAAAGCACCUGUGGGGCGUAAAAGGAAAGCUAAUGCCAUGGACAAGUCGAGUGAUGAGAUUGAUUCACAGGAUAGUCCCAAGGACUUGCCAAGCACCCCACCUAAGACAGGAAGUAUGCGACAGACUGGAAGUAUGGUCCAAGAUCGUAGCCAUGAUGAUAUCGUAACAAGAAUGAAGAAUAUCAAAAUGGUUCAACUGGGUAAAUUUCGAAUUAAGCCUUGGUAUUUCUCACCUUACCCACAAGAACUUACCCUGGAACCUGUAGUUUACCUUUGCGAAUUUUGCCUGAAGUACAUCAAGAGCUUCCAUUGUCUAAAAAGACACAAGGAAAAGUGUAAGUUGCGUCACCCUCCAGGAAAUGAAAUUUAUAGAAAAGGAUCAGUAUCCUUCUUUGAGAUUGAUGGAAGAAAGAACAAGAUGUAUGCCCAAAAUUUGUGUCUCCUGGCUAAGAUGUUCCUGGAUCACAAAACAUUGUACUAUGACACUGAUCCUUUCCUGUUCUAUGUAAUGACUGAAUAUGACUCAAUUGGUUUUCACAUAGUGGGAUAUUUUUCUAAGGAGAAAGAGUCAUCAGAGGAUUAUAAUGUGGCCUGCAUUUUAACUCUACCACAGUAUCAGAGAAUGGGUUAUGGCAAGCUUCUCAUAGAAUUCAGCUAUGAGCUUUCAAAGUUUGAGGGGAAAACAGGGACUCCAGAGAAACCCCUUUCAGAUUUGGGACUGCUUUCAUACCGCAGUUACUGGUCACAAACCAUUCUGGAAAUUCUUGUUUCACUGAAGGCUGGGGAGGAUGGUACUCCACCUGCCAUUACAAUCAAUGAUAUCUGCGAGAUGACGAGUAUAAGAAAAGAAGAUGUUGUUUCUACUCUUCAGCAUCUGGGGAUCAUUCACUACUACAAGGGACAGUAUAUUCUGAAUCUUUCCAAAGAAAUUCUUGAUGGACAUAGAAGAGCCAUGGUAAAGAGAAAGGUUCGCAUUGAUCCAACUUGUCUUCACUGGACUCCUAAGGAUUGGGCAAAGAGAGGCAAAUGGUGACCAAAAAAGGGUGAACAACAGAGCGAGGGUUGGAGAAGGAGGAUGUAUGAGGAUCAAACCGAGUCUUAAUUUUUUCAUGCUUCCAAUAGCCUGCUAAGUUGAAAAUAAGAUCUAGUGAUCAUUACAUCUUGGGUGUAGACAGGAUUUUCUUCAAGGGAGUCUUAGGUCAGUGGCUUAGUGCCAUCCAAGGGUGCCAGGUGGUUUUGCUGCAAUUAUAAAUUAUCCUUUUGUCUUGACAAAAAGGGGGUUUGCCUGUCAAGUUUGUAUUAGAGUAGGCAACUUACUUUGGUUGAAUCAUGGUACUGCUAAGAUAAAGUAGCUCUAUCAAUAGAUGUUUUGGGUAAUUGAUGGCAAACUGGUUAAUUAGCCCAAGGAGAAGUUGUUUUUCAGUCUUCAAUUGAGUAGGCACAUGGUUGCAGUGGUUAAAAUUGUUAAUCACAUUUUUUUUAGUUCUUCAGAUGAAAUGCUGGUUAAAGGCUUUUCUUACUUUCUCUGAAGUGUUUCAAACAUUUUGAAGAGCUAUGAUAUACAAACUCUAAGGCAAUCUUAAUCUUCCAAGGAGGUUAUUUUUCACAAUCUUUUUUCAUGUCUUUAGUUUUGUUAGGGAGAGGUUGUGUGGAGUAAGAUUUGAGCCACAAUAUUUAUUAAUUCUGUACAUAUUGCACUGUUAGUAGCUGUGAUCUGACUUGUUGUUUCCACAUGAAGUCCAUUCAUUUCAUUACUUUCAUUACAUUACAUUUACUUCAUUACUUUUGAAAGAGACUGUUCUGCUAAGAGGUGAUUCUGGAGUGUUUUUAAUCAAGUAUUUGUGUUCCCAUUAGGAUAUUACAAAUCCUACUGCACUAACUUAUUACCUUGCUAGGAGGUACAUGUCUUAUGUGUGGCAAAUGAAAUUUUAGACAUCUGGAAUUUUGUUAGGCUAUACAAAGUGUUUACUUAUCAUAUCUGUUAUGAAUUAAUGUUCUUUGCUGUACAUAUGCCAUACCUUACAAAGUCAGACAUCAUUCAUGUUCCAAGCAAGUCUAAGUGUAACUAAAGAAACAAAAAUUUCUGUAACUUAACUGCAUAGACUGUUCAGUGUUUACUGUAGACUUCAUGAAACACAAGAUCCAAAUAAUAA